ACAAAGCCUUGCUACGACAUCUAGUUAAAAAUAUCGAGAUCACUAGCUAGGUAGUUUCCUCCAUCAGAGUUGUAGCAAUGGCGCUAUCGUCCAAGAAGCUUGUCGUCCUGUUCGUUGCCCUGAGCCUGAUGAUUGCCGCCGUGCACGGCUGCGGACCCCACUGCCCGACCCCGUCGCCACCACCGCCGUCGACCAGCGGCGGCACCUGCCCCAUCAACACGCUGCAGCUGGGCGUGUGCGCCGACGUGCUGAACCUGCUGAAACUACACCUCGGCGUGCCGGCUGACGAGCAGUGCUGCCCGCUGCUGCACGGGCUGGUCGACCUGGACGCCGCCGUGUGCCUCUGCACGGCCAUCCGGGCCAAUAUCCUGGGCGUCGUCAGCCUCAACGUGACCGCCGACCUCGUCCUCCUCCUGAACCAGUGCGGCAAGACCUGCCCUCCCGGCUUCACCUGUCCUCGCUGAACGUAUCCAUACGCCCAUAUAUGUGCUCUUUACUUGUCUCCGUUCCGUUUCAUGUAAGUGUAUGUCUCGUCCGUGCUCAGCUUCCCUGCCUGUCAUUGGCUCGAGGUAUGUUCGUAAAAGUGUGUCUCGUUGUGGUGUCUAAAUAAAAUGAUGAUGAUCCACGUUGGUGGAGCUUGUAUCUUCUGAAAAUGUAGUUCCGCGUCUGUUGGUGGGCCUAAGAUCUGAAUGUAAACGUACGUGAAAGUAUCAAAGAAAAGUUUGUUCAACA